AUUUAUGUUCAUUAACAUUCAGUUUUGCUUUAUUACACAAGAUCUUGUCUUAUUCUCUGCAUUGACUGUUAUACAACAGAUGGAAUGGAAAGAUCAUAUAGUUUUGUACAUUUGGGAAGAGCUGAAUGAACUAAUUUGCUUACAUUCCAUGGUUUGUACCACCUUUGUUUGAUUUGCUAGUAUCAGUUCUGUCUUUAGUUUAUGUCUGGGACAAAGUGUAGCCUCGUGAUGUUGCAGGGGAGAGACUGAACAACUGGCUCUUAUUUCCCAGCACGGCUCUUUGUCAGACUGAGUGAUCUGAAAAAUGGAAAAGCAGAAAGAGGAACCGAGACCAAUGUUAUAUAAGGGUCAUAAAAAUAGGACCAUUACCAUCAAGGACACCAUUAUAAGAAGGCAUUUAUUCAUCAUCAUCAUCAUCAUCAUCAUCAUCAUCAUCAUCAUCAUCAUCAUCAUCAGCCUCUGCUGCCACUAUCAUCAUCAUCAUCAUCAUCAUCAUCAUCAUCAGCCUCUGCUGCCACUACCGCACUGCCAUUAUCGUUUUCCCGUCAUCAUCAUCAUCAUCAUCAUCAUCAUCAUCAUCUUGUACCCUCAUCAUCAUCAGAAGCAGCCGCCUCACCAUUAAAGUCAUCAUCAUUAUCAUUAGGCUCUGUAAUCAUCCAUGAGGGGUUUCUAUGUGAGCCGGGAUAAAAGGGCAGUCCUGGCUCUUGCUUUCCUCACAUUGUGCCUCGGCGCCGGUGAAGGAGCAGCCAGACAGCCCUGCCUGCAGAAGUCUUGAAGCUUUUCUUUCUCCUUUCAGGGGAAAAAAACUCCAUCUUUUUGUCUUUUCAAUGUCUGAAAAUCUUAGAUUUGGCCUUACCCGUAGCACCAAGUAGUUUCUGAGAUUGGUUUCUCUGCGUAUCCUCUGGGUGAUGAGGAGAGUUCUGCCUACAGUCAGCUCAGCAUGGAAAGCGAAACGGACAACGUGCACCGAACAACUGACACUGAGAGGGAAGAAGAAGGCGGAGCAACCCAUUCCGAGCACAGUUUUCCAGCUUACCUUUCCUGCAGAGGUUGCGGACAGCUCCGGGACGAACCUCUUGGACCUGGCAUAGACCUGGUUGGUCCAUACUGCCUUCGGUGUUGCAAAGCCUCCAGGGAGGCCAAAAGUACAGACAUGUGUUCAUCUUUUGGGAGCAUGAGUGGGAUUCGCUCAGACUCUCAGACUCGUGAUGACAUGGAGCUUGAUUGUGAGGAGUUGGGAAAUGAUGUGGAUGAUAAGGCUCUGGCGGGUGAGGACAAAUCAAACAAGCAGCAUACGUGUCAUCUCUGUGGCUUCACGUCGCGCUACGCCAACCACGUGAAGCGUCACAUGAAAACUCACAACGGGGAGAAGCCCUUUAACUGCCUCUUGUGCACUUACGCCUCAGCGCAGCUGGUGAACCUGCAGAGGCACCUGCGCAUUCAUACGGGGGAAAAACCGUACAAGUGCGAUAGCUGCACUUUUGCAUGCAGUUCUCUUGGCAACCUGAAGAGGCACCAGCGCAUGCAUAUGCUCACUGCUGGAGCAGCACAGGAGGCCUCACCAAGGCCGCCCACUGGCCAGACCAGCCUGAACAGCCUGAAGAGACCUUUGAGCGGGCAGAGGCCUAAUGAGGAAGCGUCUGCUGCUUCAGAGAUUACAAGACCAUCAUCCAACCUGAGUUUGGGAGCCCAGAACAGUGAUUACGUAUCAGCCUUUGCUGGGUUAAAGGGAACCUCUCCACCGCCCAUACCUGCCUCUAACCCAGCUCCUGGCCACCACUCUCCACCGCUGCCGGAGAUGACGAGCAGCAGUAGCAGCAGGGCCCCCAGAGGCAGCGUAGCGGACGGCGCUGCUCUCCCACCUUCACUUUUUCCUUUUACUUGCCGAUUGUGUGGCAUCGUCCUGGAAGACGAGGACGGCUCCUCAGCCCAGAUCUGUGCCAAGUGUACCCUUGAAAUGUUAACGAAAGACUCGUCGUCGUCUCCCAAUAGUCCCGGGGAGCGCAGCGACAAGGUUUACACUUGUGCUUCGUGCCCUUUCCUCACACAUUACCCUAACCACCUGGCACGCCACAUGAAAACUCACAGCGGCGAGAAACCGUACAAGUGCCCACAGUGCGACUACGCCUCAGCGCACUUCGACAACCUCAAGCGGCACCACCGGGUGCACACAGGAGAGAAACCUUACAAGUGCCAUUUGUGCGAUUACGCUUGCGGGAACUUGGCCAACCUAAAGCGGCACCAGCGGGUGCACUCGGGCGCCAAACCCUUCCAGUGUGCCGUAUGCAACUACAGCUGCAACCAGAGCAUGAACCUGAAGCGACACAUGCUUCGACACACCGGGGAGAAGCCGUACAAAUGUCAGGAGUGCGGCUACACCACCGGCCACUGGGACAACUACAAGAGGCACCAGAAGAAACACGGCCUGGCCACGGACGGCUGGGUCAAGGUUCCCAUGACUGGUAAUGACGACGAGGAAGAUGUGAGGAAGAGGAUGGAGGCUCACAGAAAAGAUCCAAGGGUUGUUGAUAUGCAGUAUAUGCCGAGAGAGGGGGGGGCAGCCCUGCACUCAUGCUACAAACAUGAAAUUGCAUAAACUGUAACUCAGCAAAACUAAGCUACCAGCAUUUUUUAUUUUAUUUUUUUAUUUUCAGAGCAUUCAUAGUCUCGACGUGUGUCUUCAGUUACUGUCAGAUGUCUUGAGGCUGCUAAUAGUUCAUCUGUAGAACCUCGCACAAUUAUGGAAAUUCUGUUCUGAAAACUUUCAGAAGUCUUUUCACUGUCUUGUCGUGUGAAGUGUAAAAUGCCAGGCUGCUUAUCUUGUCAACAUUUCAUUCUCACACUACAUGGCAUGUUUUCAUUCUGGAAAAGGAAGAGGCAACCAAGUAUUUCUGAUCCCACGGAACUGAUGCACAAAUGUCACCAGGCGCUGCACCGUGUAGCUUCAGGAACAUUUGAGCAUUUUUUUUAAAACAAAGUCACCUGAUUGAUUGUUCUUGCCUUUUGCCCACAGAAUUUUCCCAACAUUGCUUGUUCUAUUAUAUUCAUUUAAACUACUUCUGGAAUGAGCGGUUUUCACCAUUUCCCAGACUAUAAAGUGCAGCUGUAAGCAGUCUUGGAUCCUUGAGUAGACCACAUUGUGCUUUGAUAGCUGUAGCCUUCAGUCUGAUAAGGAUAUGCCUUCCGAUCAAUGUAUGUACUAAUAUCCAAGUGCUGCUUCUUGGCACGUGAAAUCCUUUUGUCUUUAUAAACAUAUCAGUACAAUGAACAAGAUACCCCUUAGUUAAAUUACUGCCUAGGAUUUAAACUGUUAUCAUUUUGGCCCAAAUCCUCAGGACAUGAAAGUAUUGAUUUGUGAUGUUUAAAAGUUUACAAAAAAAAAAGAUUUCAUAUUUUAACACUAAAAAUUUGCAUGGCAAAGCAUGCUGAUAGACGGUUUUCAGCCUUGAUGUGAUGAAAGAAAAAGCACAGCCACACGCUGCUCCACUUUGGCAGAUUUGGUGAAAGUGAAAAAUCUUAACCCUUUUUUUUUUUUUCUCUAUUCAAGUGACUUAAAAAGUUUCACAGAAAUACUUCCGCAUAAUUUUAAAGGGAGUGUAUUAACCACCUCUGUCUUGUCAAUCUCAUUUAAUAUUGGCGGUGAAAUGAGCCCUUCUUCGAUUUUGAAAAAGA